CCCCAGUCUCCCGGGAAAGAGGCGGGGUGUGGGGUGCGGUUAAAAGGCGCCGCGGCGGGACAGGUGUUGCGGCCCCGCAGCGCCCGCGCGCUCUUCUCCCAGACUCGGAGCCCCUCGGCGGCGCCCGGCCCAGGACCCGCCCAGGAGCGCAGAGACUCCAACGCCGAGACCCCCGCCCCGGCCCGCCGCGCGCUGCCUCCCGACGCAGAGCACACCGCCCAGAGUAGAAGAUGGAUUGGGGUGCGCUGCAGAAGAUCCUGGGGGGUGUGAACAAAUACUCUACCAGCAUUGGAAAGAUAUGGCUCACCGUCCUCUUCAUUUUUCGCAUUAUGAUCCUCGUUGUGGCUGCAAAGGAGGUGUGGGGAGAUGAGCAGGCCGACUUUAUCUGCAACACCCUGCAGCCCGGCUGCAAGAAUGUGUGCUACGAUCACUACUUCCCCAUCUCCCACAUCCGGCUGUGGGCCCUGCAGCUGAUCUUUGUGUCCACGCCGGCGCUCCUGGUGGCCAUGCACGUGGCCUACUGGAGACAUGAGAAGAAGAGGAAGUUCGUCAAGGGGGAGAUAAAGAGUGAAUUUAAGGACAUCGAGGAGAUCAAAACCCAGAAGGUCCGCAUCGAAGGCUCCCUGUGGUGGACCUACACAAGCAGCAUCUUCUUCCGGGUCGUCUUCGAAGCCGCCUUCAUGUACGUCUUCUACGUCAUGUACGAUGGCUUCUCCAUGCAGCGGCUGGUGAAGUGCAACGCCUGGCCUUGUCCCAACACUGUCGACUGCUUUGUGUCGCGGCCCACGGAGAAGACUGUCUUCACGGUGUUCAUGAUUGCGGUGUCUGGAAUUUGCAUCCUGCUGAAUGUCACUGAAUUGUGUUAUUUGCUAAUUAGAUAUUGUUCUGGGAAGUCAAAAAAGCCAGUUUAAUGCAUUUCCCAGUUGUUAGAUUAAAAAAUAGACAGCGUGAGAGGGACGAGGCAACCUGUGCUCAGCUGUCAAUGCCCAGUCGCCAGCAUUUCCCAGCACAAAGAUUCUGAUCUUAAACGCAACCAUUUGAAACCCCUGUAGGCCUCCCGUGAAACUCCAGAUGCCACAAUGGAGCUCUGCUCUCCUAAAGCCUCAAAACAAAGGCCUAAUUCUAUGCCUGUCUUAAUUUUCACUUAAGUUAGUUCCACUGAGAGCCCGGGCCGCUAGGCGUUAUUGGUGUAAGGUACUUUCAUAUAUAUAUAUUUUUUUUUU